CAAGUUCCCCCUUUUGCAGCAGAGGAACGCUUAAGAUAUCUCAGAGCAUUCGCACCUUCUGACGCAGCAGACUGCAGCAGGCAGCAUGACGAGCUUCAGCGAGUCCUUCAGGUUUGCCCUCCUGUUCAGUGAGAAGCUGAAGUCUGUCCUGUCCCAUCUGUGGAGGGUCUACUCCGCACCCUCGGUGGUCGGACAGGACGUCCUGACGCUGGUCUCGUUGUGCUCCGGGAUCGCCAUAGCAACUGCCGGCCUGCUUUACUAUUGGCUGUCAGUGAGUUUAAGAUAUGACCCCCAGGCGUCCGUACCGAUCGCCUGCACGUACAGCGCGGUCAUCUUCCUGCUGCUGGUCCUCUGCCACCCUCUGCGCUGCGUUGCCACCAUGGCCAUGCUGUCGCUCUUCACCAAACAGGGCCGCAAGCUGGUCAUCUCCACCUCUUUUGUGAUCCUGAUCUUCAACGUGGUCCCCAACAUCACCAUCAACAUCGGAGCGGCGGUGCACAUCCUCAAGUGCACCUCUGAGGGCUUCGCUCAGAGCCUGCUCAACUCCUCUGGGAUUCUAAACAGCACAAAGCAUGACCUGGUCAAGGAAACCUUUAAAGCCAUAAAAAACAACGUACAAUUGAAGGAUACGUUUUUCAAAUUAGAUAAUUUUAUGCACAUUGAUAUGUCUGAAGUCAAAAGCAGAUUGACUAAUACUAGUGUGCAGAUAGAGAGUGAUUUUUUACACGCAAGGUACUUGGUUAAAGUCUAUAAGCUGUUGUUUAACCGAGCGCUGGCUGCCUUGUUCAUAUUUUUAUUAAUUUUACAAUCAGCACGCUAUUUAAAAUUAUACCUGACAUCGCUCCACUUUGAAAAUGAAUAUCUGGAAAAACAGACCAUCCAACAUUCUCCUGAAUCAUCCGUUGGGGAAAAAUGUACAAGCAAAAAGAAAAGAAGAAGUGGAGAGUGGCGCCACGGCCUCAUGUCGAUGGGCGUGGUGACUUUAUACUUCACUGCGAUGACCUUCGUCGUGGUUCUGGAUCACGUGGUGUUUCAUAUCGUGGACCUGAGUGUGCCCUGGAUCCUCGACCUCCCGAGCACUCCUGCCAGUAUACAGGUCAAUUUUACGACCUGGUGGAUCGCCCGUUUACAGUGCCUUGUGCCCUUGUGGUGUAAGAAAAAUAGUUUAACGCAUUUCCAGCGCAACUACAGCUGGGCGUUCACCAUCAACCCUUCCCUCUGCCACGUGAGGCCCUCGGCCCCCGACGUGGGCGUUAGGGUCCUGCUGGCGUCACUCUGGCUGCUCAGCUACUUCUUCGUGCUGCUGGAGGUCCUGGCCAGACGCAUGCGCAGGAGAGUUGCGGCGUCGUUCUUCCAGAAGCAGGAGGAGAGGAGAGCAGCCUUCCUGCUGGAGAAAGUGCGAGAAAUGCGCAAGAAAAAAACACAGGAGAUUUUUUCUGUCAGUGCUGCAUCAUGUGUGUGAUUUCUGGUAACUGUUUUCACGAUUUCUAGUAUAAUAGGGUCAUUUUCGAUUUUUGGUAUUAGUCAGCAUAAGAUAUUGAAAGUUAUAAGUGUUCUUCUUUUAUUUGUUGAGGGGGAAGCUGUAUCAUGCUUGUUCCCAAUACUGUCACUAGAUGGCCCCCGCGGGCUUCCAUUACCCCACUGCUGAAAAGUGGGCUAAAGAAAAAAUGCACUUAUUCAGGUUGGAAAGCUUAUAAGAGCGUGAAGUCUUGUGAAGUCUUGUAUAUUAGGCUAAUAGAUCGAAUUGAACAAAAACUCUUUGAUUUUUUCGUUGAGUGGAAUAAAAAAACAUUUCAAUAAUAAUUGUAAUCAUUAAUUAGUUUGAACCCUAAUCGCUUACCCACAGAAUAUUGUUUUGUGAAUGGAAAAUGUAUCCCAAUAACUUGUUUGAAUUUUUAUUUAGUCCUACAUUAUUGUUGCAGCAUAGAUAGUCCAUUCACUGUAUCAUUUUCUCCUUCCUAGAAAGUCAUCUGAACAUCAGAAACGUGAUAAUAUGGUUACAUCAAUUUAAAACACGUCACGUAUUCUCAAUAUAUAAAAUAAUCAACUAGCUGGACAGAUGCUGGACCCUUUUUGAUUGAGCCUACGAAUCUGUCAUCACUGUUUGCACUGAUAGUUCUGUCCAUUAUUAGAAGGUUAACUACCUCUUCAGUGGGCUGUGAGUGGCCCAUUAUAAUGUAGUCCAGGUGUUGAGAUACACUGAGCCAGAUCAAAUCAGUGUGAUAGGUUAUGAGUCUCUGUAAGUGGGGGACAGGGUAUGAGUGGACACGGUUGGCUUAGACACGUGUUUAGCGUUGUUCUUCUUUUAUAUAAUGAAUUUAAUUUAUAUAGCGCUAGACACUCAAAGACGCUUUU